AACAGUGUCGAAUUGAGAAAAUUUGUCGCGCGCGCUUGUGCUAAGAUAUUGCGACAUCAUACGAGAAUUUAGCGAACACUACUGAAGACGUUUUGUCUAAUUUAAUCAUUUAUUCGUGGUAUUUACAGCAUUUGUAAAAAUAUUUUAGAGAGUAAUUAAAAUAUUCCCUUACGUUUAUAUCAAAAUAAAGUAAGACGUUUGAAGAAUAUGCUUUUCGCGCUUAGAUAUUUCGAUAUUAGAUAGAUCGCUCAGUUCUAUUCUUCUUCUCGACAAUGAAGCUCCCUUUCUACUCUUUAGCAAACUCCUACAAGCCCGUAAUGUGACAAGUGCGAGCAUCGUAUCUUUCAUUCGGCAAGUGUACGUCGCGUCGAACGAGAUAAUCACAUCGGAUGUAAUUCCUCGCCGCUCCGUGUAUCGUCGACGGUGUGUAAUUUUCGACGAGAGUGAGUCGAUCGAGCGAACCAUGCUCGCGUUCUGCGCGGAAGGAUCGUAGGGCUUAGCAUGAGCAGUAACAGCAAGAAGCCACCGGGAGGCAAGGACGACAAGAAGAAUCCCUCCAGCAAAGAGGACAGCCCGUCGGGCGGCAAGGACGAUGGUGGUUCAGCUUCGACGGCAAGCAAUGGCGGCGCGGCCGCAGGUGAACUGUCUCCGCAGCCUGGCAGCAAGCCUAGCUCCGCCGGUGCCACCGCCAGGGAAGGGGCCCCAAAAGGGCUCCUGGGCCUGGCGGCGCGCGGCGAGUGGGCUCCCGUGGACCAGCUGCUCAAAUCUCUGGAGAAGACGGUGCAAAGCGCGGGCGAGGACGGCUUCAUUGUGCCGCUCGCCGGCGUUCUGGACCCGACGACGGGGAUGACGCCGUUGAUGUACGCAGUGAAAGACAAUCGCAGCGCGCUGCUCGACCGGAUGAUCGAGCUCGGAGCCGACGUGGGCGCCAGAAACAAUGACAAUUACAAUGCUCUCCAUAUCUCUGCCAUGUAUUCGAGGGAGGAUGUCGUUAAGUUGUUGCUGUCGAAGAGAGGUGUUGAUCCCUACGCUACGGGAGGGCCAAGACAACAAACGGCGGUUCACCUGGUGGCGUCGAGACAAACGGGUACCGCGACGUCGAUUUUACGAGCGUUAUUGGGUGCUGCCGGACGAGAUAUCAGGCUAAAGGUCGACGGUAAAGGAAAGAUACCUCUUUUGCUAGCAGUGGAGGCUGGCAAUCAGUCGAUGUGUCGAGAACUUCUAUCACAGCAAGCACCUGAUCAGCUUAAGGCAACCACACCGUCGGGUGAUUCCGCUUUGCAUUUAGCCGCUAGAAGAAGAGACAUCGAUAUGGUGCGGAUUCUGGUGGAUUACGGCGCGGCUGUCGACAUGCAAAAUGGCGACGGACAAACUGCGUUACACAUAGCGAGCGCGGAGGGAGAUGAAACUUUAGUGAAAUACUUCUAUGGCGUCAGAGCCUCCGCAUCGAUCGCCGAUCAUCAAGAUCGAACGCCGAUGCAUUUGGCCGCGGAGAACGGCCACGCUUCCAUAAUCGAGCUGCUGGCUGAUAAAUUCAAAGCGAGCAUUUUUGAAAGAACGAAGGAUGGCUCAACUCUGAUGCACAUUGCGUCAUUGAACGGACACUCGGAAUGCGCUACCAUGCUCUUCAAGAAAGGUGUUUAUCUGCACAUGCCGAACAAGCGUGGUGCCAGAUCUAUUCACACGGCUGCGGGAUAUGGCCAUGUGGGUAUUAUUAGCACUUUACUGCAACGAGGAGAGAAGGUGGACGCAAUAACUAACGAUAACUAUACGGCACUCCAUAUAGCCGUGGAAAGUGCCAAACCGGCCGUUGUGGAAACCCUUUUAGGAUACGGCGCGGAGGUACACGUGAGGGGUGGAAAGUUGCGGGAAACUCCGCUUCAUAUAGCCGCCAGGGUGCCCGACGGUGACAGAUGCGCUCUGAUGUUGUUGAAAUCCGGAGCAGGUCCCAAUUUGACAACUGACGACGGCCAAACACCCGUACAUGUGGCAGCCAGCCACGGAAAUUUAGCGACGCUUCUUCUGCUGCUCGAAGACGGCGGAGAUCCGAUGUUUAAAUCAAAAAACGGAGAGACGCCCUUGCAUUUGGCUUGCAGAGGCUGCAGGGCGGAUGUGGUCAAGCACUUGAUAGAGUUCGUGAAAGAGAAGAAAGGCCCGGAAGUGGCGACUGCCUACGUGAACAGUUUAACGAACGAAGGCGCCAGCGCGCUCCACUACGCCGCCCAGAUCGAGCCAUCGGAAGUCGGCACGCCCGGUGACGAUCGCGCGGUCGUACGCGCCCUUCUCGACAGCGGCGCGGACGUCUCGAUGCAGACCAGGCAGGCCCAGGAAUCGGCGUUUCACCACUGCGCUCUCGCCGGCAACAACGAGGUCCUAUCGGAGAUGAUCAGCCGCAUGCCGGCCACGGAAGUGCAGAAAGCCUUGAACCGACAGAGCGCCGUCGGCUGGACGCCGUUGCUAAUCGCCGCUCAUCGCGGCCACAUGGAACUGGUGAACAAUCUUCUCGCUAAUCACGGCAGAGUCGACGUGUUCGACCUCGAGGGCAGGUCCGCUCUUCAUCUAGCCGCCGAGCACGGCUAUCUUCAAGUCUGCGACGCGCUGCUGGCGAACAAGGCCUUCAUUAACUCCAAGUCGCGUGUAGGAAGAACCGCUCUGCAUCUGGCUGCCAUGAAUGGUUACACGCACCUAGUUCGAUUUCUCGUCCAGGAUCAUGGCGCCGCGAUCGACGUGCUCACGCUGAGAAAGCAGACGCCUCUUCACUUGGCGGCGGGCGCAGGUCAGCUGGAAGUUUGCAAGCUUCUGCUGGAGCUCGGCGCCAGCAUAGAUGCAACGGACGACCAGGGGCAGAAACCGAUCCACGCCGCGGCUAUGAACAAUUACGCCGAAGUGGCUCAGCUCUUUCUACAGAGACACGCAAGCCUUGUGAUGGCCUGCACGAAGGACGGCAACACCUGCGCUCACAUCGCCGCCAUGCAGGGCAGCGUACGGGUGAUCGAAGAGCUGAUGAAGUUUGAUAGACAGGGCGUGAUAACCGCCAGAAAUAAACUCACGGAAGCGACUCCCCUGCAACUGGCGGCGGAAGGCGGACACGCCGAGGUAGUGAAGGCUUUGGUUAGAGCCGGAGCGUCCUGCACUGAUGAGAAUCGCGCGGGUUUCACCGCCGUUCAUCUGGCGGCUCAGCAUGGCCAUGGCCAGGUACUCGAAGUGAUGAGAUCGUCGCAAUCUCUCAGGAUAUCCAGCAAGAAGCUCGGCGUCACCGCGCUUCACGUUGCUGCGUACUUUGGACAAGCCGAUACGGUUAGAGAAUUGCUAACUCAUAUACCCGGAACCGUAAAGUCUGAUCCUCCGAAUGGAGCAUCUUUAGUAGGAGAAUUAGGAGCCGAAUCCGGAAUGACUCCUCUGCAUCUAGCUGCCUAUUCUGGAAACGAGAACGUCGUGCGACUUCUUUUGAAUUCUGCCGGAGUUCAGGUAGACGCAGCGACAACGGAAAACGGAUGGAAUCCCUUGCACCUGGCCUGCUUCGGCGGUCAUAUAACUGUCGUGGGCCUGUUAUUGAGUAGAUCAGCCGAGUUACUGCACAGCGCGGAUCGUUACGGCAAAACAGGAUUGCACAUUGCGGCGACCCACGGUCACUACCAGAUGGUAGAGGUACUUUUGGGUCAGGGAGCGGAAAUAAAUGCGACCGACAAGAACGGCUGGACGGCGCUGCAUUGCGCUGCACGCGCCGGUUAUCUGGAUGUCGUGAAGCUGCUCGUGGAGAGCGGCGCAUCUCCAAAAACCGAGACAAAUCUCGGUUGUGCGCCGAUCUGGUUCGCCGCGUCCGAAGGUCACAAUGAUGUGCUCAAGUAUCUCAUGGAGAAAGAACACGAUACGUAUGCCCUAAUGGAAGAUAGAAGGUUUGUCUACAACAUGAUGGUCUGCAGCAAGAGUCACAAUAACAAACCGAUAGAAGAAUUCGUCCUCGUGUCUCCUGCGCCGGUCGACACAGCAGCCAAACUUUCCAACAUCUACAUGAAGCUUUCCGAAAAAGAAAAGGAGCGCGCUAAGGAUCUAAUCGCAGCCGGGAAGCAGUGCGAGGCCAUGGCCACGGAAUUGCUGGCGUUAGCGGCGGGCGCCGACUCGGCUGGCAGGAUUUUGACGUCGAUGGAUCGCAGGAACGUCGAGUUCCUGGACGUGUUGAUCGAGAACGAGCAGAAGGAGGUGAUCGCGCACACCGUAGUGCAACGCUACCUGCAGGAGCUCUGGCAGGGUAGCUUGAAUUGGAACGCGUUCAGGACGAUCCUGCUGUUCAUCGCCUUCCUCAUUUGCCCGCCCGUCUGGGUGGUGUUCGCCCUGCCGCUUGGACACAAAUACAACAACGUGCCCAUUAUCAAGUUUAUGUCGUACCUCACGUCGCACAUCUACCUGAUGGUCUUCCUGCUGCUGGUUGGUAUCACGCCGAUCUACCCGGUGGUGAGAGGAAACCUGAUCCCGUACUGGUACGAGUGGUGCCUGCUGGUGAUGCUGUCGGGGUUGCUGCUGUUCGAGCUGACGAACCCGAGCGACAAGAGUGGCCUGGGCUGGAUCAAGCUGGCGGUGCUGCUAUUCGGCAUCUUCGGCGUGGCGUUCCACCUGUUGGGCUUUGUGAUCGUCGAGAGGCUGCACUGGCCGACCCUGCUCUACCUGAGAAACCAGCUCUUUGCCCUCAGUUUCCUUUUAGCUUGCGUACAGAUAUUGGACUUUCUGUCGUUCCACCAUCUAUUCGGGCCGUGGGCGAUCAUCAUCGGCAAUCUCAUGAAGGAUCUUGCGAGGUUUCUCGCGGUGUUGGCCAUCUUCGUGUUCGGCUUCUCCAUGCACUUUGUUGCGCUCAACCAGGCGUUCAAGGACUUCCAGACGAUGCAGGAAGCGCGCGCGGAAGACAGAAAGCAGAAGAAGCCGUUCUACGACGUAAAGAUGAAUCCGGUACUCGCCUUCGAAUAUCUGUUCUUCGCCGUCUUCGGCCAAACGACCCACAGCGAGCUGAAGGUCGAGAACAAUCAGCCGCAGUGGACCUCGGUCCUCUUCAAGUUGACCUUCGGCGUGUACAUGCUGGUCUCGGUAGUGGUGUUGAUUAAUCUGCUGAUCGCCAUGAUGAGCGACACUUAUCAACGGAUACAGGCGCAGUCGGACAUUGAGUGGAAAUACGGGCUCAGUAAACUGAUCCGUAACAUGCACAGAACCACCACAGCUCCGGCCCCGCUAAACUUGUUCACCACCUGGACCGUGUACUUCAUCAAGCUGUGCAGGCAGCGGCGCGCUAAGCGCAAGCGGCCGUCGCUGGUGCACAUGAUGGGGCUGCAGCGCACCGCCCGCUUGUCGCCCAGAUCGAAGAUGGGCGCCAAGUGGCUGGCCAAGGUCAAGAAGGGCCAGGUCCGUCCGAAGGACAGCGUCACCCUCUCCGUGGUGCAUCUCAGUCCGCUGGGCAGCCAGCUGUCCUUCAAUACCGCGACCAGAAUCGAGAACGUAGUGGACUGGGACUCGAUCAGGAAGAAGUAUCUCGCGCUGACCGGAAACGGGCCCGAGAAGGACGACGCGGAGAAAGAAGAGAAGGGCGACGAGGGCGAGAACGAGGACGAGAGCGGGCCGACGGCGUCCAACGCGUCGACGGUGCCGGCGACGAUCCCGAAUCCGCCCAUGUAAAGAUCGUCGUCGGCCCGCUUACUUUCGUCGAACGCCGAACGCGAGUACAAUGCGCGAGAAGCGGCGCAGCGCGAGUACAAACGAGCGACUAGAUCCCGUCGCGCGAUCACGCUCCGUAAUCGCUUGUAUAGACGGACUUAACGGUGUGUUAGAGAAACGUAUCCUCGCCUAGAACAGUUUUGCGAUCGAAUCGUAAUCGCUACCUGAGACCGCAAAUCCCCGACGAUCGAGCGAGACCAUUGUGAGAGGAUCCUUGCGAGAUCCUGGCGCCGGCGACCGGCCUAAACGUAUAAGUAUCUAAGUAAGUAAAGUCUCGACGUGACACGUGAACCUCUCGUAGGAACGCGUAUAAUUGGUGUUGUUUUGUGAGAUACAUGAGUAUGGACCAAUUUCCUCUCCCGCCCGUCACACAACACGACCGGAUGAUGCCUGCGAAUGCCGUAUCGAAUGCCGCCACGAAUCCCCGUCACAUCCGCUCGCUCGAUGCUUCAUUGAAUCAUUCAUUUGGAUCAUUGGAUGUUCCAUCGUUCAUUUGCGCGUCACGUAGGGCACGAUAUCUACCUCGGCGACGAAAUUGUUUUUUGCGCUGUAGAGCCGUUCCUGCAAACAUCAAUCAAAAUUAAAUACAACUCAAUUAUACCCAUCGAUUUUUUUGUAGAAGGAAAUAGAGAAUACUUGAAAUUUUCAUCGUUUGAAUUUCGAUGUUAACUGACGCUUACACGGGCGGUUCAUGAUGAUUCGAUAUUUCCGACAACACAAAUAUCUAAAGAGACGCUGCAAAGAUAUCCGAACUUUUCAGAUGUUUUCCGAUAUUUGCGAUGUCUGAGAUGAUAUAUUGCACGUGACAUGCAUCACAACUUUCUAGUCUUUUCUUAAACUUCAUGCGCUUGAAAUUAGAAUUCGUCCGAAUUAGACGAAAGGGCAUUUUUCGUAGGCGCUUGGACUUUUUCUGCGACAGAGCCGAAGAAUUCGUGCAAGUCGCAGUAUAAAUAUAUCUUGUAUGGCUUGAAACCGAUUCUUGCGACAUUUUGUAGUAGCAACGUUUAUAGCAUGUUGUUCUCGAACAGUGGCAGAGAAAUUGCAUAGGAAUUGCAUAAAAAAAGCGUACGUCGCCGCGUGCGCGCGCGCGCUUGUACACGAGACACUACGAGACACGCUGUUAACACGUA